CUUUUACGAAAACACAAGUCCAUACCUAAUUUUAGGGCAUGCUGAUCAAAGUCGGACUCCUACUCUCAGACUCAGAGUCAGAGGGGGCCUGGGCGGAUUUGAAGCAGGUUGGGAAGGGAGGCUCUUGUGGUGGCAGAUGCCUCCAACAAUGAAGGCAGCGGAGAAUUGAAGCAAUUUAUUGUAGGGUUUAGCAAUUCGCUACCUAUCUGGGCGAGUCGCCAAGUGAUCAUCUCUGCGGCGUCGCAAUGGCGGAAGAAAGAUCAGGGAUCAAGAACAGCGGACUGAGCGCCGUCGUGUGCGCUUUCACGCUCCUGCUGAUAUGCAUCAUGGCGUUUGCCAUCCGCUUGUUCUCGGUGGUCAAGUACGAGAGCGUCAUUCACGAGUUUGACCCGUACUUCAACCUCCGUGUAUCUCAGUUCCUGGCGAAGAACGGCCCCUAUGCCAUGUGGAACUGGUUUGAUGACCGGACGUGGUACCCCCUCGGACGUGUCAUUGGUGGUACAGUGUACCCUGGACUCAUGCUCACAGCUGGCACCAUGUGGUGGAUUCUUAACAGCCUCCACAUCACGAUUGACAUUGGGACAGUCUGUGUCUUCACAUCCCCAAUCUUUUCAGCCAACUGUGCCUGGGCGACUUUUCUCCUAACCAAGGAAGUCAAGGGCACAGGGGCGGGCUUGACAGCUGCGGCGCUCAUUGCCACUGUUCCUUCCUACAUCUCCCGCUCCGUUGCGGGGAGUUACGACAACGAGGGGAUUGCGAUCUUCGCACUCGUCUUUACUUUCUACCUGUACGUGAAGACACUCAACACGGGGUCGCUGUUCUGGGCCACAGCCAAUGCUCUGGCGUACUUCUACAUGGUGUGCUCUUGGGGAGGCUACACCUUCAUCAUCAACUUGAUCCCCAUCCACAUGCUGGCCUGCCUGCUGGCUGGCAAGUACAGCGCACACCUGUACAUAGCCUACGCCCCAUUCAUCAUCUUCGGAACGCUGCUGGCCGCCUCGGUGCCUGUCGUGGGCUUCAACGCCGUGAUGACGUCAGAGCACUUCGCCUCCGUCCUGGUGUUUGCGGUGCUCCACGUGUUCGCCCUCGUGGCGUAUCUCAAGAGGACGCUUCCGCCGGCCGCGCUCAAGGCCGCUACUGCAGCCAUCCUCACCAUUGGAGCAGUCGGCGCUGCUGCAUUUGCCUUCCUGCUAGUGGGCCUUGUCGCGGCGAGCCCGACGCUUGGCUGGAGUGGACGCAGUCUCAGUCUGCUUGACCCGACGUACGCUGGCAAGUACAUCCCCAUCAUUGCCAGCGUCAGCGAGCAUCAGCCCCCCACGUGGCCGUCCUACUUCAUGGACCUGCACGUGCUCAUCCUCCUUAUCCCCGCCGGCAUCGCUGCGUGCUUUAUGCCGCUCUCGGUCCCGUCCGCGUUCCUCAUCCUGUACGGCGUCGUUUCCGUCUACUUCUCCGGCGCCAUGGUGCGCCUCAUGCUAGUUCUCGCGCCCGCCGCCUGCAUCCUGGCCGGGAUCGGGCUCUCCGAGGGCCUCCACGUGUUUGCGCGCUCCCUCAAGCACGGCGUGGUCAACAUGAAGGAAGAGAUUGCCAAGGCUGGGGAAGAAGACGAGGACGAGGGUGCGGAAGGCGCCUCAAAGGAGGUCGUCAAGUCCGGUUCCAAGGAAGGCGCGCGCGACGCCGCUGCCCGUGCGUCCAAGAAGAAGAGCGUGAAGAAACGGAGUUGGGAGAAGCCUUGGUGGACGCGCAGCGAGGGGCCCAUCCCCUUCGAGAUGGCCGCCGUCGGGAUCGCGCUCGCGCUGCUACUCAUGUUCUUUUUUGUGCUGCACUGUGUGUGGGCGAGCGCAGAGGCGUACUCCGCCCCGUCGAUCGUACUCGCUUCUCACAACCCCGACGGCUCCACGCACAUUUUCGACGACUUCAGAGAGGCGUACGGCUGGCUCAGGCACAACACGGACGAGAACACGAAAGUGGCGUCUUGGUGGGAUUACGGUUACCAGACGACGGCGAUGGCGAAUCGGACGGUCAUCGUAGACAACAACACGUGGAACAACACGCAUAUCGCCACCGUUGGGAUGGCCAUGUCGUCGCCCGAAAGGGAGGCCUGGAAGAUCUUCAAGAGCCUGGACGUAGAAUACGUGUUUGUCAUUUUUGGAGGCUUCGUUGGCUACUCCGGUGACGACAUCGCCAAGUUCCUGUGGAUGGUCCGUAUCGGUGGGGGAGUCUACCCGCACAUUAAGGAGCCGGAUUACCUGAAGCACGGGAGCUACCGCAUUGACUCGGGAGCCACCUCCACGAUGCUCAACUGCCUCAUGUAUAAGCUGUCGUACUACAGGUUUGCGGAUGCCACCAUGGCGCCGGAUGGUACUUCGGGGUACGACCGUGUCCGGCGGACGGAGAUUGGCAAGAAGAACAUCAAGCUGCGGUACUUUGAGGAGGUGUUCACGACGCACCAUUGGAUGGUGCGCAUCUACCGGCUGAAGGACGUGCCCAACCGGCAGAAGGGCGCGCGGAAGAAGGCAGCCAAGGCGAUUGGCUCGCCAAAGAAGUCAAACAAACUGCCAAAGUCGGCGAGCAAACGCAAGAGCCGCAUAGGAGGAUUGCGUUUUUAGAGGAACAGAGCUAAGGUUUUACGAGGCCGACAUGUUUGCAGAUUGUCGUUGGCUUACCACUUUCAAACAAUGGGUUCUGAAUUUUGUCCAUCAAAGAGGAGACUAAUCGUUUGUCUUCGUUCCUUCUUGCACUCACAGUAUGGUCCUUAAGGCAGCCAUCUUCGGCGGCAAAGACAUGCUCGAGAGAAUCGUCAAAACAGGGCGGUCAAAGGAUGCAUAUUAGUCCAAUUACAUGGACUGUACUUCUCUUCCAAGCUUGAUUAUCCAUUGGCCGCCGCAGCUAUAUCACGCAAUUAUAUGCACGGC